UUUGACAGUUGGUGUGAGAGGUGUAGGGAGGGUUUGUGUGAUCAUAGCGGUGUUAGGUUGUGAACAGGUACCAAGAUGUCAACAUUGUUAACUUUUCAUUGAAGAAAAUGUCUUCACAUAUGACUUUCAUCUGUUUAGAUGAGGAAAUGUUGGAGUAAGUUUGUGUGACACAAUAGUGCCGGUGGCAGUGUAAAAACUCUCGGCUGGAGGGUAACUUAGUGCUCGGAAAUGGCGUCUGCUAGAGUAGCCAAAAUAAAACGUCAGAGUUCAAUGAAAGAUGAAGAAAAAGGACCACCCAAAAUUAACAGCUAUGAUAUAUUGACAACGAUAGGCACAGGAACAUUUGGUCGAGUGGUACUCUGCAGACACAAAGAGAACAAAGACUAUUACGCACUGAAAGUAAUGAAGAUCACGGAGGUUAUACGUCUCAAACAGAUAGAACACGUGAAAAAUGAAAAGGAAAUACUAGCUAGUGUCACACAUCCAUUUAUAGUUAACAUGACGUGGGCCUAUCAUGACGACAGAUUUCUGUACAUGUUGUUGGAGUAUGUUCCAGGAGGUGAACUCUUCUCUUAUCUUCGUAAUCAUGGCCGCUUCAACAAUGACAAAUCCAAUUUCUAUGCCUGUGAAAUUGUGUCAGCCUUAGACUAUUUACACUCCAAAUUAAUUGUUUAUAGAGACUUGAAACCAGAAAAUUUACUUCUUGAUAAGGAAGGACAUUUAAAAAUCACGGAUUUUGGUUUCGCAAAGAAGCUUGAAGACAGGACGUGGACACUCUGUGGGACCCCGGAGUACCUCGCCCCGGAAAUCAUCCAGAGUAAAGGUCACAACAAGGCAGUAGACUGGUGGUCACUAGGCAUCCUAAUAUACGAAAUGCUCGUCGGAUUCCCACCAUUUUUUGAUGACAACCCUUUUUCAAUUUAUGAGAAGAUUCUAGAGGGCAAGAUAGAAUGGCCACGGCACCUGGAUCCCGUGGCCAAAGACCUGGUAAAGAAACUUCUUGUCCAGGACAGGACAAAACGGCUGGGAAAUAUGAAGAAUGGUGCAGAUGAUGUGAAGAGACACAAGUGGUUCAAAGGAAUCACGUGGGAGGAUGUAGUAGCCAGAAAGUUAACGCCUCCUAUUGUACCCAAACUGUCACAUGCAGGGGACACAAAAAACUUUGAUGAAUACUCAGAAGAUGAUUGGAGGAAGGCUGCUGUUGUCAGUGACCGAGAACUCAAAUAUUUCCAAGACUUCUGAUCACCAGGGCAACCAAAGCAAUUUGAAAAUCAUCCAUUUUUAUUCAAAGGAUCAAUUAACAUUGCCUGGAAUGUGAUAUUUGUGCCUGAUGACCAAGAACACUUUUCCAUGGUCUGGAAAUUCUGUGCUUCAUGUGAUACUACACUUUUAGAUACUCCAUAUUCACCAUCUGCUGAGAGAAUGGCUUUCGUUAGACAUCAAAGAUUAGCAGUUAAAAACUGAUGUUGUGGUCACUGGUCGUACGGGUCUCAAUACAGUAUUGAGACGUAUGCCACUAGUGUAUACACAUCGUCAUGUUGUGGUCACUGGUCGUACGGGGUCUCAAUACAUUGUUGAGACGUAUAUCACUAGUGUAUACACAUUGUCAUGUUGUGGUCACUGGUCGUACGAGGUCUCAAUACAUUGUUGAGACGUAUAUCACUAGUGUAUACACAUUGUCAUGUUGUGGUCACUGGUCGUACGGGGUCUCAAUACAUUAUUGAGACGUAUAGGGGUCUCAAUACAUUAUUGAGACGUAUACCACUAGUAUAUACACAUUGUCAUGUUGUUGAGAUCUUUUUUGUUGAUAACUUUGCAUUAAAGUUAUUGUCUUUAUUUCAUUAACAAAUUAGAUUUUUUUCUGAGUUUAAAAUAGUGACAUAAAUAUAUUGUGUAAAGGACAGUGCUAAUUUUAGUCCUUUACUCUCUAGUGUGAAAAACUAAGCAUUUGUCAGCAGUCUUUGUGAAUUAACACAAUUAACAUUUUCCCAUUGUGAAUCAAAGUUAGCAAAAAUAUCAUUGUGAGAAAUACUAUAGGUAUUCAGUAAGAAGGUUUUAGAUAUCAGACCAUUUAAGACUAGACUCAGUUUGACUAGAAUUUAUCAAUGUAUCCAAAUUGAUAUAGAUGAGUACUAACUAGAAGACUAUUUUAUAUCCAAAUUACUAUUAAAUAAAAGUUUGCUGCAAGGCAUCAUUGUUUCCUGAAAAAAAUUAAAAUUUUAUCACAUUUAAGUUUAGCAAUAUCAGUGACAAAAAAACUGACGAAAUAUCUGUAGUCAUUUGUUGAAAAACUGUCACAGUUGUAAAAAUUUCACUGAUAAAUGUUAUAAAAGAAAGCUAGCUUAGAUAAUCAAUCUGAUUAAAAUCAGCUGUUACAUGCCUACUUCGUUAACUACGUACCAUGUCACGUGUAGUACGCACUACUAGUAAAAUGGGGCCGCGAUGGCCGAGUGGUUAAGGUGUCCCGACACUUCAACACUAGCCCUCCACCUCUGGGUUGCGAGUUCGAAACCUAUGUGGGGCAGUUGCCAGGUACUGACCGUAGACCGGUGGUUUUUCUCCGGGUACUCCGGCUUUCCUCCACCUCCAAAACUUGGCACGUCCUUAAAUGACCCUGGCUGUUAAUAGGACGUUAAACAAAAACAAACAAACCAAAUACUAGUAAACAUAGUCACGUAACAGCUGAUUUUAUUCAGGUUGCUUAGAUAAUUUAGUGUCGGCAACAAUGAAAGCAGAAAUAACUAGUUUGAUUAUCUCAUAGAAACUCAAAGUGAUGUAAGGAAGCGUACUUUGCAUGGAGAAGUUAGACAUAAAAGCAAGCAAAAUUAUUUGAAUAAUUCAAAAAUGAUGUGACAAGAAAUAUUUUCUUGUGUCUAAUCAGGAGAUGGGAGCUAACUCUGACAACCUUGGAUUUAUUACUAACAGUUUUAAAAGUUAUAUCAUUUGUUCAUUACAAAACAAAUUGAGGGCAUGUUCCAGAUAAUUGACUCCUUUAAAAAGGGAUGUUUUUCUAUGAGUUGAUUCCUCUAACCAUGGAGCUUUCAAAUCUACAGGUAUUAAUGCUGUUUCAGAUCAUAACACAUGCACUUUUCUUUAACAUUUGGUGCAGCCAUUGUUUAUAAAAACCACAUUCUUGUAAAUAGAAGCCUUUAUCAUCAAUGUAAAUAAAGAUAUUUCAAAGAAUAUUUUUUAUGAAUGAAGAUUUAAUUUAUUUAAUUGAAGUGUAUAGAUGUUUAUUUAAGCCUCUUCAGCUCUAUCAUAGCAAUCAUCAAUUCAUUAAGUCCAUUAAAUGUGUUUAUAAUUGAUAUAUGUCGUUACAUUUUAUACACUUUUACAUCUAACUUUAAAGCAUGUAUAAAACAGUUCCAGGGGUUUUUACAGACUUUUUAUUUGUGUCAUUAAAAGAGGUUCAGAAAUCGGUCUUUAGUUACCAUUGGUUUUAUUGCUCGUUAAGGACCGACUAGUUUAUAUGACAAUCACAGGUAACCAGAAGCACUCCUCUGAUAUCUACAGUUACCAUUGGUACAUGUACCAGUACAUUUAUAUUUUUAACCAUGUGAUCAGGACACUUUCAUUUCAUUUUAAUCCAUAGGUACAUUUUUGGGUCCUUAGUAACCACCAACACACUUUGGUUUCCUUGUUUACCACAGGUACAUUUUUGGGUUCUCAUAGUAACCACAUACACAUUCUGGUUUCCUCACUUACUAUAUGUACACUUUAGUCUCCUUGGUAACCCCAGAUACACUUAAGUUUCCUUGGUAACCACAGAUACACUUUAGUUUCCUUGAUAACCACAGAUAUUCUUUAGUUUCCUUGGUAACCACAGAUACACUUUAGUUUCCUUGGUAACCACAGAUAUACUUUAGUUUCCUUUGUAACCACAGAUACACUUUAGUUUCCUUGGUAACCAUAGAUACACAGUGGUUUCCUUAGUAACCACAGAUACACUUUAGUUUCCUUGGUAACCAUAGAUACACAUUGGUUUCCUUGGUAACCACAGAUACACUUUAGUUUCCUUGGUAACCAUAGAUACACAUUGGUUUCCGUGGUAGUCAGUAUAAAAUGUGUGUGUAUUUUUGUCUGCUCCAGUAAUGUUUUAGUGACUCCAUUAAGUUUACAUGGAAGAAUUAAAUGAUUUUAAUGUCUGAUGGAUCUACAUGCCAAAAUGUAUCAUGGUAGAAUUCAUUCGUUUUUAUUUUCACUGCUAUUCUUGCAAUUAUCAAUUAAUUUAUAUUUUGUAUGCUUUUUAAUCAAGGUACUCUUCUGAAAAUGAUGAUAGUGUUAUUGGAACGAUAUAUAAUAUACUGUCGUAAAACAUUUGCAAAGUCACUCAGAAGAUUUUUUUUCUUGGAUUGUGUGGGACAUCAUUUUAUAAUUAGAUGUUAUAAAUGAUAGACAGAAAAAAUUAUGUUUUGACUCCCCCAGUUUUAUCUGUCACCAUUUAAAAAGUCAUCUGACUUGUUUUCACUGUAUAGCUAAAACCUCAUGACAUGACCUAUAUUAGGAGGGCUGUGACUUGUUUUCACUGUAUAGCUAAAACCUCAUGACAUGACCUAUAUUAGGAGGGCUGUGUCUUUGUUUUCACUGUAUAGCUAAAACCUCAUGACAUGACCUAUAUUAGGAAGGCUGUGACUUGUUUUCACUGUAUAGCUAAAACCUCAUGACAUGACCUAUAUUAGGAAGGCUGGGGACUCCCUUUGCCAUCACUUGUUGCAAAUUAUAAUGAUUUAUUUAUGUAUUUUACUAAUUGCCGAAACCAUGGUCAUUCCCUUUUUGAGCAGCUUUCAUUAUCGUAGUUUACGCCUCUUCUCUUAAAGCAGGAAGGUAAAUAUACUGUGACAAUGUUGAUAACAUUAUAGGAUGAUAAUCACUUACAGAUCCACUAAUUUCAUUCAAUGCAUUUAAUUAAUCUUUUUGAGGGAAACAAUAGGGGUUAUCAGUUAUGAGUAAAUGAGUAGGGAGCUCUAGGCAGUUCUUACAGUAAUAGGGGUUAUCAGUUAUGAGUAAAUGAGUAGGGAGCUCUAGGCAGUUCUUACAGUAAUAGGGGUUAUCAGUUAUGAGUAAAUGAGUAGGGAGCUCUAGGCAGUUCUUACAGUAAUAGGGGUUAUCAGUUAUGAGUAAAUGAGUAGGGAGCUCUAGGCAGUUCUUACAGUAAUACUUUACCCUUUGUAAACUUUAUUUAUUUUACAAUAAUUUGUGAAACAAGUUCUAGCAACUUGUAUUAAUCUCUCUUGUUGGCCGGGGUUGAAGUGUAUGAGGGGUCUUACAGUGGGAGGAAACCAGCUCUGAGGAAACUCAUGGUUGAGCAGGUGCCAAUCUAUACCUUUUGGCAUCCGAUGCGGAAUCAAAUCCCGGCAGCCUAGGUAAAAGGCAACUGUGUUACCACUGUGCCACCUGACCACCCGUGUCCACACUCUGUCACCUGACCACCCGUGUCCACACUCUGUCACCUGACCACCUGUGCCCACACUCUGUCACCUGACCACCCAUGCCCACACUCUGUCACCUGACCACCCGUGCCCACACUCUGCCACCUGACCACCCGUGUCCACACUCUACCACCUGACCACCCGUGUCCACACUCUGUCACCUGACCACCCGUGUCCACACUCUCCCACCUGACCACCCGUGUCCACACUCUGCCACCUGACCACCCGUGUCCACACUCUGUCACCUGACCACCCGUGCCCACACUCUCCCACCUGACCACCGGUGCCCACACUCUCCCACCUGUGCCCACACUCUGUCACCUGACCACCCGUGUCCACACUCUGCCACCUGACCACCCGUGUCCACACUCUGCCACCUGACCACCCGUGCCCACACUCUGCCACCUGACCACCCGUGUCCACACUCUCCCACCUGACCACCCGUGCCCACACUCUGCCACCUGACCACCCGUGCCCACACUCUGCCACCUGACCACCCGUGCCCACACUCUGCCACCUGACCACCCGUGUCCACACUCUGCCACCUGACCACCCGUGCCCACACUCUGCCACCUAACACCGUGCCCACACUUCCAAACUUUUAUUCUGAAUACAGGAAUAUAGAAUCUUAAAUCUGUACUGUAGUACCUUACAUCUAAAUUUUGAUAUUAAAAAAUUACGGACCAAUAUUUUACUUGUUUUCUGUAAAGAUUGAAUCCUUACUGGAAUGCAAUGUUUUUUACUUUGUUUUUAUUCUCUUUAUUUCAUUGUCUUUACAUUUCAGUAGCUAUAGGACUUUGGUAUUCUUUUAUACAAGUUAUAACUUUGUUACUGACCCUCCAGUUUUGUACCAUCUUUAGUGUUAUUCUUCGUUUAUUAUGAAGAUUUUCAUUCAUAAACAGUGGAUACUGUAUCAGCAAUUGGUCUCAUGCAAACUCUAAAUUAAAAAUAGAUUUGAUUCCAAUACAGUUCCUUCUCCAGAGAAGCUGUAAUAAUGUAACAAUUAAUUGAUUAAAUAGAAAUUCUACAUGCGUUUUUUUCUUAAGUGGUUCUCAUCAAAUUUUUUAAGAAAAUAUUUGCAUUAAAUGUCUUUUUGUAAUAUUUCCCGUAAUGCUUGACCACCGUUUACCAUAAUUUGUCAAAAAGAAUAAACUUUUUGACUUCUAAUCUGUGAACACAGUAUUUACUGCCAACAUUUUUGUGGAAUAUUUUUCUAUAAAUAUAUGAGUUGUGUAUUAAUUUUACUCAGUAUUUUUGUGUAUUUGAUAAUUUCCACCUAUUUGUAUCAAUUUUGUAUACUGUUUUUAACUGAGUGUGUGUUUAUCUUAUUUUACAGUGUAAAUACAUAUUUGUGAACUUUGCAUAAUUAUUAAAUGUCAGUUCCAAAAUGAAAACAUAUUUUAUUACGUUGACGUAUUGAUAAUGACGAGAAAACCUAUAUAUGCUUUGAACUGUCUGAAAGAAUGAAUUGCAAAAGUAUGAUUUGGAUUGCUUGUAAACAAGAAUGUUUCAGAAGACGGAUUGAUUGGAUUCUAUUUGAAGUAAUUUCAUUUUUUAAUUUUUUAAAUUCUAAAAUAUUCGUUACAUGAUCUCACUAUCAUUGUUGUCACUCAUUCAUGGUUUGUAUGCAAUUUUAUUUUCUGUAUGUUAAUGUCGUAGAAGGAAAACAGUAAUCCUAGGGAAUGCCCCAGUGAAAUGUGUAGAUUAAACUUUACUCUCUAGGAAAUGCCCCAGUGAAAUGUGAAGAUUGAACUUUACUCUCUAGGGAAUGCCCCAGUGAAAUGUGUAGAUUGAACUUUACUCUCUAGGGAAUGCCCCAGUGAAAUGUGUAUAUUGAACCUCUCAUUGUUCGGAAAAUCAGUGUCUGUCAAGGGAGAGAAUGACAAGAAGUUGUCUCCCUUUGUGAUUAUCAAUAUGUUAAUCUACAUGUAGUAGUUGUACGUGAAACCAUUUUUCGUCAUUCGUGUGCUGGAAAAAUUAUAAGCAAACAAUGUAUUCUAUUUUUCAAGAAAGAAGUCCCAAUGUUACGUUUAUUGUCACAAUUUUAUAUCUAGCGUUACAAAGAUAGUCCCUAAAAUUUCUCAUGUUGGCAGAAUUGGAAUGUUAUAUAUUUUAAGCUUAUUAUAGUUCCAAAUAACUUUUAUUUAAAUGUUAAUUCUGAUCUACAGAUUGAAUUAGCAUCAUCAUCAGGACAAUAUCUCUGAAGAUUUGUAUACUAUAUUAUAAAGGUCUUUACACAGAAUACAAUCUAAAUAUCACAGACCUCAAAAUAUAGCCUUUUAUUGAGGUCUAUGUAAUCAUAGUACUUUGGUGUGGAAAUGUAUUAUAUUGAUGGAAAAUGUGUUAAUUUGAAUGAGAAACCAUACAUGUCAUAGAAUCAUUGUUUUAUCAUUGUACCUUGUAUUCUAAAUGUGUCUACACAAAUUAUUUCCUUUAUAGCUGUGUGAAGCUAUCAAGCUAUAUUCACAGAUUUUUAUCUAUUAUUCUGGGGUUGUAGAGAUUAAGAAUGUGAUAUAAGCUUCUGCUUGUUUGGUUCAUCAACCUUUUACUGAAGCAAUGACAAUAGUGUGAUAUUUCCUGGGAAAGAAUUAAAAAAAAUUGUCCUUUUUUGAAAAUUGUAGUCGUUGUUGAUUUAUUGUUGUUUGCAAUAAAUUCACCUGGAUUUUC